UAAAAUAACAAGGUACUAUAAAACCAAGAGGAAUACUAAAUAACUAAUAAAAGGUUUAAAUCUAUCUCUGGACAUUGCCAAUAAUGUUCGGACACGUUUUUCAAUAAAACCGGAUAUGAAAAUAAAUCAACAAACGUAAUAUUGCCAAGAAGCUAAAAUAACUUCCUUAAGGAUACAGGAAAAAACCAACACAUAGCAAAUUUAUAUACAAAGCAAGCCUACUGAAAAUAACUAAAGAAGAAAUAUAGAAAAUUUUCCAAAAAAUAAAAGACAAGAAACGGAAAAAAUAAUUCUUAAUAGAAAAUCGGAGAGAGAGAGAGAGAAAAAAACACAAAUAAAGCUUGACCAUACUAGUGUGACAGGACACAGAACCAAAUGUUUCCUUUGCUGUUUGUUCAAACGUAAACAUUUUUAAUGUGGCAAUUGUAGGCUGAACAGGCCACUUAGUCGAUAUGUUUCCUUUAACAUUUAUUGAAGUUGGCAACACAUUAUCACAGCACAUUAUGUCCGACGAUGAAAUAGCAACGACAUCACUAUCAUCAGCAUCAUCGUCAGCUUCAAUAACAACAUUAACACAACAACAUCUGCUGCAGCAACAGCAGUUGAACCAGCAACAACAAUAUGAUGAUACUACAACGGAUAUAAUAUGGAAGAACUCUUUAUUAGAAAACAUUACACGCACUAGUCUAUUGGGUGUUGGCAGCAGCAGCAGCAGUACUGGUGGUGGAGGAAUGUCAGGUGGGGGUGCUGAUAUUACGACACUUGAUGGUUUUGAUUCUGAUUCAACGUUUACACCACCUUUACAACGACCCGAAACAAUUUUCAUAAUCAUACUCUUCUUACUCAUAUUCAUUGUUGGUGUCUUGGGUAAUGGCACUUUGGUGAUAAUAUUCUUUCGACAUCGUUCCAUGCGCAACAUUCCAAAUACUUACAUUCUCUCCUUGGCUUUAGCUGAUCUCUUAGUUAUAAUCGUUUGUGUUCCCUUAGCCAUUUUAGUGUAUACCACUGACAGUUGGACAUUUGGCAAAAGUAUGUGUCAAGUAACCGAAUUUUUCAAAGAUGUUUCUAUAGGAGUUUCAGUGUUCACACUAACCGCUCUGUCGGGCGAACGUUAUUGUGCUAUUGUAAAUCCUUUAAGAAAAUUACAGACAAAACCAUUAACGGUUAUAACGGCUGCCAUGAUUUGGCUUUUGAGCAUAACAUUUGCCACACCUUCACUAGUAAUGUCUGAUUUACAACAUAUACUAAUCGAUGAUAAAACUAAUCUAACCAUAAUAAUCUGUACACCGUUUGGUAAGCAGCGCAACAAUUCUGAAAUUUAUGCCAGAUAUGUAGUGGUAACCAAGGCAUUUGUGUACUAUUUGUUGCCACUAUUUAUAAUUGCAGUUUUAUAUCUGAUGAUGGCCCAACGUUUACAUGUCAGCGCACGUGAUAUGCCCGGUGAAACGUUAAGUAUGCAGAGUCGUUCCCAAGUACGAGCAAGACGUUAUGUAGCUCGUAUGGUAGUGGCAUUUGUAGUGGUGUUUUUUGUUUGUUUCUUUCCCUAUCAUUUGUUUGAAUUGUGGUUUCAUUUGAAUCCCACAGCACGCGAAGAUUUUGAUGAGUUUUGGCAUACAAUACGUAUUAUUGGAUUUUGUACUUAUUUUCUCAAUUCAUGCGUAAAUCCUGUGGCAUUGUAUUGUGUAUCGGGAGCAUUUCGUGCACAUUUCAAUCAAUAUCUCUGCUGUUUUUGUGUCAAAAGACAAACACGUCUAAGGCAACACUCAACUGCCACGGGAAUGAUGGACACCAGCAUUGUCAACAUGUCAAUGAGGAGUACAACCAAUUAUAAUCGUGCUUCUGUACACUUGAAUAAUGCACAUUGUACAGGUGGUGGCGGUGGUGGUGGUGUCGGAGGGGGAGGAAGUUUCAAUAGCAACAACAAUACAAAUGGUUUGGGACGUUUAAGUGCUUAUAAUCAUCAUUCGCAUCGACGUCAAUCCACUAUGCAACAUCAGCACAAUGGCAACAGCAAUAGUGGUGUAGGAGUUAAAGUGAGUGGAGGAGUGGAUAAUGGUCGUUUAACUGCAGCCACUGCUGUAGCUCAAAGUGGUGUUAUACUUAAUGAUAAGAGGUGAGGUACAAUGACUGUGGUCUUAAAGGCCGAUACUAUAUUGUAAAAUUAAAUUAAAAAAAAAUAUGCUCUUACACUUACAAACGACAAACACUUACACAGACUCAGAAAAAAAGAUUUCUUCUAUACAUUUCCAAACAUAUUUACACAAUAUUUGUGUUAGUGUAAUGUUGUCCUUUUUAUUGUAAAUUGUAAUCAUAUGUAAAGGGGAGUUUUAUGGCUAAAGGAAAAUUUCCUUAUGUCAUACUCCUUUGUUCCUUAAAGUAUUAAAUAUUUUUUAUAAUAAAAUUAAAGAAAAAACAGAAUUUAGUUUAAUAAAAUGUGUGAUAAAUGUUAAAA